AUGUUUAAAGGGAAACUGUGUAUUGUAUUCGGAUUGUUGUUUAAUGAACUGAUGUCGGCUGCUAGGUUGGAUCCAUUAGCGAAUGUGCAAGAAGUAUAUAUAGACUUGCGUCAAACGAGCUUGGACAGGGUAAGCGAUGUCAACUCAAUCAUUCCAUCUUUAACGGAGACUUAUAUCCGCGAGGGUCAAGUAUUGCAGCCGCCUAUACACUAUCACAUGCGCUAUAUAAACAGAGUAAACUAUAACAACACUAACAACACAAUCGUUUGGACUACGGAGUCGUCCAAUACUAUGUUUUUUAUCUGGCAGCGGCUUGUGCCAGUUCCUGGCAUCCCAAACCAGUGGGUUAGAGUUUGUUACUUCUUGCUGACUCGGAAGGCACGCCCCGCGCGUUAUUCCGGGAUCGUUCAAAUGUGCAGGGAUCUCUUUCCUUUAAGUUGUGAUACUUGCAAAAGGAUGUCGUUUGUGUUUGAAUGGCACAGGUUAGGUGGGAGCUGCCGAAGGCUUGGCUGUAUUGAUUUGCUCAACAAGGCAAAGAUCGAUCUGAGUCAGAAUAUGCCAUUUAUUUUGCUGGUUAAUUUGCCAGAUCGGUUCUUUCCACUGACCCCGCCGGUAACAGGAUCAUAUUCUUCCCAGUUCUUGGAAAUCAAGAAACGAGCUCUGACCGCAGCUUACCUCUUCUAUGAUUGCCUAACCUGUGAAUCGAGUGUCACCAAGUAUGCCUUUCAACAACCAAUUGAACCAUUUGGCUUUGACCAAACUAAGUCCCAGGCCUAUCCUGACGAGACAAUUACACUACAUCAGCAACGCCCACUCAUGAAUGCCUAUUAUUUGAUUCUGCAUGACCAAAUUAAAGCCUACAACGUAGUGUCAAUAGCUCAAAGGCGAAAACCAUGCAUUGAACAUAUCAUACCAAAACUCUCGACCAGGGCCGGGAAAGAAUUCACAGGCUACCCACUGCUACUGGACAAGUUUCUUCUUUGGGUACCAGACAGCAAAUUCUGGGCAGUAAAGAAAGAGCCAGGGCUAAAUCUUAAGGCCAGAGAGAUAGAAAUCUGUUGUCCUGAUUGGUGGAAGUUUGUAAGAUCGAUAAAGGAUAUAAAGGGACAGCAGUUGUUAACUAAACUCAUUGUACAUUUACAAAACAAAGAACCUUGCGCUAGCCGCAUUGCAGUGGCUAUGGUAAAGUACUCUCCCUUUAAUACUGUUUCUAUCUGUAUUAAUACGAUCCAAACAUUUAAAAUGCCCCCUUUAGACCAGACAAAGUUCAAGAUGAAAACUCUCUUGUCGGAAGACCAAUGGCGCGAUGCCCAGACCAUCCUACUAUUUACGGCAUGCAACCGUGGUACUUUUGAACAGAUAUGCUUGCUCCGAAUACGUAACAGAAACGAAAUAGGUCAUAGCGAUUUUAUCAAUGAUAAGAAGCAGCUAAAAGGUUUGCGAGCAGGUGUCGAUUCAAAAGCAUUAGCUUAUCUAAGAAGAGGCUAG